ACACACCCAGCGCCAUCUUGGAGGAAGAAGAGUCGUCCUGGUCAAGGCAAGAGUCGAUGAUGAAGGUGGCUAACCCUGAUGAUAACCCAGUGAUCCCAGAAUACACGAAUAUUCCAGAAGAAGAGACAACGUCCGCCUGUCAGGGUGUCGUCAAGACCGUGCUACACAUGGCCUGGAACAACCUGCCCGAGUCCGUGGCCAACAAGGGCGUGGCCAGCUUCUUCUUCCUGAGGACCACCCCCGGGCUGGUGCCGGUCUACGGCUCCCUGAUGGAGGCGGAGAGCGAGAUGCCCUCCCAGCUGGAGUACGGGCUGCUCAAUGAUAACGCCAUACACAUGAUAGAGAGGAUGCUGGUUCUGGUGUACCAGCCGCUGCUCGCCUACCACCAGUACAACAACCUGGAGAAGUCUCAGGUCAACAUGCAGGAGAGCAACACUGCCGGCAAGCCGGAAGUUUCGGCGAAGAAGUCCACAGACCGGAAGAUGUCGAAGCGCAAGUCUAGCGCCAAACGGCCGUCUAGGACUGCAGAUGAUGAGAGCACGGGGCUGCAGAAGGAACAGCGCAAGACGAGCAUCUCAGCACGUGACGACUUCCUGGUCAGUGUGGCCAAGUUCACCGGGUACAUUGAUGAGCUCCUCAUGCAGCUCAAGAGCAAGCUGAAGCUAGAAAUUCCACCUCUAAAAUUGACCGGACGUCCGGCUGCUGACCUCAAGGACGCGGAGCUGAUGAAGGUCAUCCACGAGACUUGUCAAAGUUUUCAAAGUCAGGUUGACCAGCUCCUGGAGACGGAGCUGAGCAAACCCCGGGUGGGCAACGGUCCGUUGGUGGAGAUCAAGUAUUGGAAGGACAGGGACACAAUCCUACACGGCGUCACGGAGCAGUUGUCUACCCCUGUGCUGAAGUAUAUCCUUGACCUGCACAUGCGCACUGAAGGAGAUUUCGAGUUCACCUUGAAAGACCUGAAAAAAUACGCCCUUGAGGCUCGCGACAACGUCCGGUUUUUGUCGACCUUGGAACGUCACUUCCGGAACAUUAAAUAUGGCUCGACAUUUCAGUCUGUCAUCGACACGUUGCCGCCCAUGAUGAACGCGCUGAGAAUGAUCUGGAUCAUCUCACGGAACUACAACACGGACGAGCUGAUGGUACCACUCAUGGAGAGGAUCGCCUGGGAACUCUGCGAGAGGGCCACCAAGGUCAUCAAUGUCCGGCAUCUCUUCGAAUUCGACACGGGCACGAUAAAGCUGAUGACGAAAGCAGCGGUCAAGAUGCUGGAGACAUGGAAGAAAGCCUACUUCACCGUGCGCGCCAAAAUUGAGUCGUCUGGUCGUGACGUCAGAUGGGAGUUCGACAGGACGAAACUGUUCGAUCGUUCGGAUUACAUCAUCGCCAUCUGUGAGGACCUGCACGACAUGGCCCAGGUGAUGGAAGAGUUUAACAACAUCUUCAGUCAGGAGCUGAAGAACGUGACGGGUGACCCAGAGAGAAUUGACGAGGUGCUGGAGCAGGUCUACGAGCUCGUUCAUCCCAUCUCUAGGCUGCCCUAUGAUGCCUUCUCCCCAUCGAGGGCCACCAUGUGGCAGAUCCUGAAGACCAAGUUCUACAAGCGGGUCACGGAGAUUGAAGAAACCGCCAAGACGUUCAUUGACGAAUCCUUCCAGAGCCUGCGGUCGUCUGACGGCGCCUUUGAACUGCUCAUCAAGUUGAAGGGCAUCCAAUCACGUGAGGCCGUCAACAAGCGCAUGCAGUCUAAAUUUAGAAACGUCAUCCUGCAGUACAAUAAAGAGAUUGAGUUCACCAACAAUCUAUUUAUAGAAAACAAAAUGAACCCCCCGGUUUACCGGAACUAUCCGCCGGUUGCCGGCGCCAUCUACUGGUGCCGGUCGCUGUUCCACCGGAUCAAAGCCAGCAUCGUGCGCUUCAAUCAGAUGGCAGAGAUGAUGUCCACGGACAUCGGCAAGAUGGCCUCAGUCAAGUACCUCUCUGUGGCCAAGACAAUGCGGAGGUACGAGGAGACAACGUUCAGGACGUGGCACGACCACGUGGAGCGGGUCAUCCCCCACUACCUCAGGGCGGGGCUGCUCUACAAGAUCCCCAACACCAUACCCGUCCCCCCAGACGUCACGCUCCACCGACUCUCCUCUGGCUCCGCCCUUCAUUCCUUAUUUGAUGGCAACAUUGGUCGACUUAUGACAGACGCCAACAAAAUCUCCCACCUGACCCAGAUGUACGGAGUCAACCUGAACCCAGCGGUGCCACAAAUCAUCUGUGAGACCAAACUCUUGCUGUCCUUGCACCUCUUCGUGCCGGAGGUGGCCAAACACAUGGCUCUUGAUGAGGCCAAGCUAAAGAAGAUUGUCGCUGACCUUGAGGACAUGCUACAGAAGUAUUUUGGGGUCAUUGAUUCUCUGUCUAACCCGGAGCUGAUCCUGAUGGACAGUAGUCUGGCCAAGCUGAGAAAAAUGUUGAAAGCUCCGUACAAGAGAAUCAACUGGUACUCACUGGUCAUCAACGACAUGAUAUCCAAGUUCCACACGCAACUGAACCUCUUCAACGGCACCGUGAAGACGAUCACCCGCAUCACCAAGGACAUCCAGACCAUCCUGGACAACGUCGAGACACUGCAUCUCUUCAAGCAGAAGGCCGCCCCCUACCCGGGCUUUGUCUUCAGCUGUAAGGACACGUUCGACUUCGCCUACAGUAUGCGCGACACCGACAUUGAGCUGGCCUCUAAGAACGUCAGCUCCAUCGGGGUACUCAUCCUAAAGAUCGAGUCCACCAUCUCAAGCAGCACGGGGCUCACCAAGAAGCGGACCACCCUACAGAGCUACUACACCUACUGGGAGAGGACGAUCUUCAACUCACUCACCAAGAUGGUGUUGAAGAACCUCAAGUCGUACAUCUACCAGCUCCGGCAGGAGAAGCCGCUCUUUGGCAUCGAGGCUCAGCUGGCACCGCCCGACGUCAUCCUCAACCCACAGACCAACGACAUCUUCAAGACGAUCGUCUCCACGGCUAGAGACAUGGUCAUUAAAACCAAGCGGUUCGUGCGCUGGAUGAACGGCACGUGCGUGGAUGCCCCGCCCCAGAAGGUCAAGUUCCUGGACGAGCCGUACGUCUUCUCGUACUUCCAAGACCUCGUCCUCGACCCGGAAGUGGCUGAACUACUGACCGAGUGCGAGGAGGCGGCCUUUAAAUGCCUGGCCAAAGUUCACAAGUCCCUGGGCAAAUGGAAGAAGUUCCGUCCCUUGUGGAGAUCAGAUAAGGAGGAACAACUAGACAAGUGGCUGUUCAAGAAGAGAACUGCAACAGAUUUCGAUUAUAAGUUCCAGCACUAUUUCUCAUGUAUCGAGAACAUUGAAAGAAGAGAUGAGGUUAAGGUGAUUGGUUGCGUCGAGCUGAGUACAUCAGCAUUAGCAGACACCGCUAAAGGUCACGCCAGGGAAUGGAUACGUCUGCUGGGCAAGAAGCUUCACGCGCAGGCGGCGACAAAGCUGGUCUCUAUCCAUGAGGAAAUCAUGGACAAGUCGUCUGACCUUGAAGACACGACGGAUAACCUUGAGGAGUUGAAGGCCGUGCUGACGACCAUCCAGAGCAUCAAGGACAACCUGCUGAUGUGGGAGGUCAGGUGGCGAGCUGUGCAGGAGGAGUACCGGACCCUGAUGGUCUAUGGGAUAGAGGUGCCCGAGGAAGAGCUGAAGCUCCAGGAAGACAUCCCAAACAUCUACGAGAAGGUUCUGCUCAAGGCCAAAAACAGAGAUUGUCGUUUGGUCGUGGUCAAGUCAAAGUUCAAAAUGAUCACAGAGCACCAGGUCAACAACUUCAAGGAGGAGUGUGAAAUUUUCUACAACAAAUUUAUGGAGGAGGGGCCAGCCUCGGUGGGGGAUAACCUGCAGAUGGGUGACGCCCUGGUCGAGAAGUUCACUGCCGGCGUGGAGGAGCUGGAGGAGCGACGCGUGGAUCUCGCGCUGGCCGAGAAGUUGUUCGAGCUGCCUAUCACGGUCCACGAGAAGCUGCUACUGGUCAAGAAACAGCUGGCCUGGCUCAACCAGAUCUACUCGCUGUACCGGGAGCAGGACGCCGCCAAAAACAAAUGGUCUGAGACCUUGUGGGUCGACCUUGACAUUGAGGUGCUGAGCCGCGGUAUAGAGGACUACAUCAAACAGCUGAGGAAGUUACCCAAGAACGUGAGGUCACUUCAGCCCGCCGUCGUCCUUGACCAGCAGAUGAAACAGUUCAAAGACUCGCUGCCCUUGAUCGUAGACCUUAAGUCGGAGGCCCUACGAGAGCGACACUGGAAGGAACUGAUGAGCAAGACAGGCCAGGAGUUCGACAUGAACCCGAAGACCUUCACCUUGGCCGGCAUCUUCAACAUGAAGCUGUACCGCUUCUCUGCUCUCAUCAACGAGAUCGUCGUCGCCGCCUCAAAGGAGAUGAGCAUAGAAAAGGGCAUCAAUGAUGUGGAGGAGCUGUGGAAGAAGGCCAAGUUCAUCAUCCUGCCCUAUGUCAAGGGCAACCGUCGCGCGCACAUCCUGGGCCCCGUGGACGAGAUCCUGCAGAAUCUUGACGACACGAGCGUCAACCUGCAGAACAUGUCCGCCUCUCGCUUCAUUGGGCCCUUCCUGCCGCUCGUACAGUCAUGGGAGAAGUCGCUCUCUCGGAUAUCAGAGGUUCUAGACGUGUGGCUGCAGGUGCAGCGGAAGUGGAUCUACCUGGAGGGUAUAUUUGGGGGAGGUGACAUCAGUAAACAACUUCCGGAGCAAGCCAAGUUUUUUGACAAGAUCGACAAACAGUUCAAAAAGAUAAUGGAAUCGACCAACGACUCGCCCAACAUCAAGCAGGCCACUCACGUUGAUGGCCGCUAUGACGAGAUGGUCUCGCUCUCCCUGGGACUCGAGCGGUGCCAGAAGUCUCUCAACGACUACCUGGACUCCAAGAGGAAUGCUUUCCCCAGAUUUUUCUUUAUUUCUGAUGACGAGCUACUCAGCAUUCUGGGGUCGUCUGAUCCGGAGUGUGUACAGGAGCACAUCAUUAAGAUGUACGACAACAUCGCCAGCCUGAGGUUCGUCAAGAACGCCAACAACCCCAAGGAGCUGAUGGUCAACGCCAUGAUCUCCGCGGAGAAGGAGGUGAUGGAGUUCCGUACAGCUCUCAGCUCCAACGACAGGGUCGAGAUCUGGAUGACGGCCGUCCUAGAGGAGAUGAGGAGGACCAACCGACUCAUCACCAAGGAGGCCAUCUUCUACUACAGCUAUCAGAAGUCCAGGGCCGACUGGAUGCUGGACUACCAGGGGAUGGUGUGUCUGGCAGCGAGCCAGGUGUGGUGGACCUGGGAGGUGGAGGAUGUCUUCAGGAAGAUAAAAAAUGGCAUCAAGACGGCACUCAAAGACUACUCCAAGAAGAUGCACAUGCAGCUAGAUCAGCUGGUCGUUAAGGUACGGUCUAACCUGUUGAAGAAUGACCGGAAGAAAUACAACACCUCGUUGAUCAUCGACGUCCAUGCUAGGGACAUAGUAGACGGCUUUGUCAGGGACAGCAUCAUGGACGAGAAGGAGUUCGAGUGGGAGUCCCAGCUCCGGUUCUACUGGGUGAAGGAGCCGGACGAGCUGUACAUCCGGCAAUGUACCGGCUCCUUUCUCUAUGGGUACGAGUACAUGGGGCUCAACGGCCGGCUCGUCAUCACGCCGCUCACUGACCGCAUCUACCUGACCUUGACCCAGGCGCUGUCCAUGAACUUGGGCGGGGCGCCGGCUGGACCUGCUGGAACCGGCAAGACGGAGACGACAAAAGAUCUGGCCAAAGCGCUGGGGCUCUUGUGUGUGGUGACAAACUGUGGGGAGGGGAUGGAUUAUAAGGCCUUCGGUAAGAUCCUGUCGGGCCUGUGCCAGUGUGGGGCCUGGGGCUGUAUGGACGAGUUUAACCGGAUCGACAUCUCCGUGCUGUCCGUCAUCUCCACACAGCUGCAGCUCAUCAGGCACGCCCUCGUCAUGAAGCUUACACAUUUCCAGUUUGAAGGAGCUGAGAUCCCCCUAGACAACCGAGUCGGUGUUUUCAUCACGAUGAACCCCGGUUAUGCCGGACGCACGGAACUGCCGGAGUCCGUCAAAGCUUUGUUCCGUCCGGUCGUGGUCAUCGUGCCGGACCUACAGCAGAUCUGUGAGAUCAUGCUCUUCUCGGAGGGCUUCCUGCAGGCCAAGAUCAUGGCCAAGAAGAUGACAGUACUGUACAAGCUGGCCAGAGAACAGCUCUCCAAACAGUUCCACUACGACUUUGGUCUGAGGGCUCUUAAGUCGGUGCUAGUCAUGGCAGGGGAACUCAAGAGGAGUGCUGAGGAGUUGGAGGAGGAUGUGGUGCUGAUGAGGGCACUAAGAGACAUGAACCUGCCGAAGUUUGUCUUCGAGGAUGUUCCCCUGUUCCUGGGUUUGAUAUCCGACCUGUUCCCGGGCCUCAACUGCCCGAGGGUCCGGUACCCCAGCUUCAACGACGCGGUGGAGGCGAGUCUGACAGAACAGGGGAUGAUCAUCUUACCUGUACAGGUGGAUAAGAUUGUCCAGUUGUACGAGACCAUGAUGACCCGACACUGCACCAUGAUUGUGGGCCCGACGGGGGGCGGGAAGUCUGUCGUACUGAACAUGUUGGUCCAGGCCCAAACUAGGUUGGGCACGCCAACCCGUCUGUUCACCAUCAACCCCAAGGAGAGGCCAGUGAUAGAGCUUUACGGCGUCCUUGACCCCGUUAGCAGAGACUGGACUGAUGGACUUCUCUCCAACAUCUUCAGAGAGAUCAACAAACCCACCGAACGUAAAGAGCUGCGCUACAUCGUGUACGACGGUGACGUGGACGCCCUGUGGGUGGAGAACAUGAACUCAGUCAUGGACGACAACAAGCUGCUCACGCUGUCCAACGGAGAGCGGAUCCGGCUGCAGAACUACUGCGCCAUGUUGUUUGAGGUGUACGACCUCCAGUACGCCUCACCGGCCACCAUCUCACGCUGCGGCAUGGUGUACGUCGACCCGAAAAACCUGGGUUACGUCCCCUUCUGGGAGCGGUGGCGCAUGAAGCGGCCAGAGGAGGAGGCCAAGACCUUCGACAAGCUCUUCAAGAAGUACGUCAGUCACGUGACCGACCUGGUGGUGGACGGCCUGCAGGACGGUCAGCAAGUGGAGAAGCUCAAGAUGAUUGUACCACUGACCAAUCUCAACAUGGUCCAGCAACUGACCGUCAUGCUACAAGCCACCAUCGUACAGAAUGACCUUGACCCCGCCGAGUUGGAGGCCCUGAUGGUCCAGGCCCUGGUCUGGUCUCUGGGGGCGGGUCUACUGGAGGAGAGCCGGAUCCGGUUCGACACCUACCUCAAGUACAUUGCCAGCAUGGCCAUGAUCUAUGACCCCAACAAAAGUCCCGGGGCAGGUGAACUGCCUGGCCUGCUGACCUUGUUUGACCACACCUAUGACGUCGUCAAGAAGAAAUGGAUCCCCUGGCAGAAGCUGGUGCCGUCCUAUGAGCACGAUCCUGAGAGAAAGUUUUACGACAUCCUGGUCCCUACGGUAGAGACGGUGCGGGCCACCUGGCUCCUACAGCUGCACAUAUUGGUCAGACGGCCCGUGGUUCUGGUGGGCGAGACUGGGACGUCCAAAACUGCCACCAUCCUCAACUUCCUGCGUGCCAUCAAUCAGGACACGACGAUGCUGCUGAACAUGAACUUCUCCUCCCGGACAACCUCCCUGGACGUACAGCGGAACCUGGAGGCCAACAUGGAGAAGCGCACCAAGGACACAUACGGUCCGCCCUCCAACAAGAGACUCAUCAUCUUCAUUGAUGAGCUCAACAUGCCGCAGGUGGACACGUAUGGGACCCAGCAGCCGAUCGCCAUGUUGAAACUUCUGCUGGACCGUGGGGGCGUGUACGACAGGGGCAAGGAACUCUGCUGGAAGAACAUGAAGGACCUGGGCUACAUCGCCGCCAUGGGGAAGGCGGGGGGCGGCCGGAACGAGACGGACCCACGAUUUGUCUCCCUGUUCUCCGUCUUCAACAUGACCUUCCCUGAUAACAACUCCCUGCUCAGGAUCUACGUCUCCAUCCUGGAAGGUCAUCUCAGACCUUUCGAGUUGGAGAUCAGUCGACAGGCGACCAACCUCACACACAUGACCUUGGAGCUUUACGCGGUCCUGAUCAAAGAGCUACCCCCCACCCCGUCCAAGUUCCACUACAUCUUCAACCUCCGCGACCUGUCCCGUGUGUACAACGGCCUGUGUAUGUCCACCCCAGACCGUUUCAGCACCCUCUCCCAGUUCCUCAGGCUGUGGAGGAACGAGUGCAUGAGGGUCAUCUGUGACAGGCUCAUCACUAUAGAGGACAAGGACCUGGUGCAGGGCCACAUCCUGCGUCUGAUCAAGGAACACUUCAAAGACUCCAACAGUGAGUACAUCGCGAGGGACCCCAUACUCUACGGCGACUUCCGGUAUGCGCUGGACGAGGGCGAGCCCAGGAUCUAUGAGGAUCUGCAGGACUACGAGGCUUGUAAAGCUCUCUUUAACGAGAUACUUGAAGACUACAACGCAGUCCAAGACUCGAUGCGUCUGGUGCUGUUUGAUGACGCGCUUGAGCACCUGACUCGCAUUCACCGCGUGCUCAGGAUGGACAGGGGCAACUCCCUGCUGGUGGGGGUGGGGGGCAGCGGGAAGCAGAGUCUCUGUCACCUGGCCUCACACGCCGCCAGGUGUGAGGUCUUCCAGAUCAAGCUCAGCCGCGGGUAUAACGAGUCCACGUUCCGAGAGGACCUGAAGACGUUGUACCAAAAACUGGGCAUGGAGAACAAGCAAGUCGUUUUUCUCUUCACAGACCAGCAGGUAGCGGAAGAAGGAUUCCUGGAGCUGAUCAACAACAUGCUGACCACUGGAAUGGUUCCAGCGCUCUACGCAGACGACGAGAAGGAAGGAAUCAUCGGCGCGCUACGUCGUGACGCCGACCUGGCAGGGCGGGGACCAGCCAAGGAGAGCAUCUGGCAGUUCUUCGUGGACAAGUGCGCCAACAACCUGCACAUCGUCAUGGCCAUGUCACCUGUAGGGGAGACCCUCAGAACCAGGUGCCGGAACUUUCCAGGUAUCGUCAACAACGCUAUCAUCGACUGGUUCUUCCCGUGGCCCGAGCAAGCUUUGUUUGCUGUGGCCAGCGUCAUGAUCUCGCCUGAUAACCAGCUGAUCCCUGGUGAGUACAUCGAGGACAUCGUGGCCCACUGCGUCAUGGUCCACCAGAGCGUCAACGACUUCAGCCUACUCUUCCUGCAGCGCUGGCGCCGCUACAACUACGUCACGCCCAAAAACUACUUGGAUUUUAUUUUCUGCUACCUCAGGCUGCUCAAGGAGAAAGAUCUUUACAUUCUGUCACAGUGUGAGCGUCUACAAGGAGGUCUGACGAAGAUUGCCGAGGCCAGCCAGAUGCUGAAGGUACUGAACGAGAAGCUGGCCGUCCAGAGGGUGGCCGUCAAAGAGAAGACAAUCGCCUGUGAGAGUCUGCUGAAGGAGAUCUCCCAGUCCAGCUCGGAGGCUCACGAGAUGAAGGCGGCGGCACAGAUCAAGGCCGAGGAGAUUAAGGAGUCCAGCAAGAUUAUUGCUGUGGAGAAGGCUGAAGCGGAAGAAGCUCUACAAGAAGCUCUACCAGCACUGGAGGCUGCAAGGCUGGCACUGGAUGACCUUGACAAAACGGACAUUACAGAAGUCAGGUCAUUCGCCAAGCCCCCGCCAGCCGUCCAGACGGUCUGCGAGUGUAUCGUGGUGCUGAAGGGGGUCAAGGAGGUGAGCUGGAAGUCUGCCAAGGGGAUGAUGUCGGACCCCAGCUUUCUCAGACAGCUCAAGGAGCUCGACGUGGACAACAUCACGUCUAGACAGACACAGACGGUCAAAUCUAUGCUUCAGGGCAUCAACGUGACCAUCCAACAAAUGUCAGCCAUUAGCAGGGCUGGCGCGGGACUGCUCAAGUUCGUCGUGGCUGUCAUGGGAUAUUGUGCUGUCUUCAGGGAGAUCAAACCCAAGAGAGAAAAGGUGGCCACAUUGGAGAGAAACUUCUUCGAACUGAAGAGAGGUCUGGACAAGAUCAACAAACAAGUGGCCAAACUUGAAGACCUGUUGGCCAACCUGAACCUCAAGUACGAGAUGGCCAUGGCAGAGAGACAGCGGCUGGAGGAAGAGACAAGGCUGAUGGAGAAACGGUUGAUAGCAGCUGAUAAGCUCAUCAACGGCCUCAGCUCGGAGAACGUCAGAUGGCUCAAAGAUCUGGCAGAGCUGAGAAAAAAACGGGAACGGUUGCUAGGCGACUGUAUAGUCGGCGCCGCCUUCCUGAGCUACGUGGGCGCCUUCAGCUUUGAGUACAGACACGAGCUGAUGAACAAAGUCUGGGUGCCAGACCUCCAGACGAGACAGAUCCCACUGAGCAGCCCGUACCGUAUCGAGGACCUUCUGACCACAGACGUCGAGAUCAGCAAAUGGUCAUCUGAAGGUCUCCCACCCGACGAGUUGUCCAUACAGAACGGCAUCUUGACCAUGCGGGCCAGCAGGUUCCCUCUGUGUAUUGACCCCCAGCAGCAGGCCUUGAACUGGAUCAAGAAGAGGGAGGAGAAACACAACCUCAAGUGCUGCACUUUUAACGACGACGACUUCCUGAAACAACUGGAGAUGUCCAUCAAAUAUGGCUUCCCCGUCCUGUUUACCGACGUAGACGAGUACAUUGACCCCGUCAUUGACAACGUGCUGGAGAAAAAUAUCAAAGGCGCGCAGGGGAGGGAGACGGUGAUGCUGGGAGACAAAGAGGUGGACUACGACAAAAACUUCCGGUUGUACCUGAACACCAAACUCUCCAACCCCAAGUUUGGGCCCAAUGUGUUUGGCAAGGCCAUGGUCAUUAACUACACCGUCACGCUUAUGGGCCUAGAGGACCAGCUACUGAGCGUCAUUGUGGGUUACGAGAAACGGGAACUAGAGGAACAGAGGGAGAGCUUGAUCCAAGAAACUAGCUUCAACAAGAAGCUGUUGUAUGACCUUGAAGACUCCCUCCUAAGAGAGCUCGCGCAGUCCAAGGGCAACAUGCUGGACAACGAGGACCUGGUGCAGACACUCGAGUCCACCAAAACUAAAGCCUCAGAGGUGACCUACAAACUUGACCUGGCCUCCAAGACGGCCAUUGACAUCGAGAAGACACGUGACGGCUACAGACCAGCUGCCAUGCGCGGCGCCAUUUUGUUUUUCGUGCUGGCGGAUAUGUCAGUGGUCAACUCGAUGUAUCAGUACUCGCUGGAGGCUUUCCUAGAGGUGUUCGUCUUCUCCCUGAAGCGGAGUUUACCAGACACCAUCCUAAGGAAGCGAAUCAACAACAUCCUGGAGGCCCUGACCAUGAACGUCUACAACUACGGUUGUACUGGAAUCUUCGAGAGGGAGAAGCUGCUCUUUUCCUUCCAGAUCACCAUCAAGCUCGAGCAGCAACUGGGUCACGUCAAGCAAGAGGAGCUGGACUUCUUCAUCAAGGGGAACACGUCCCUCCAAAAAAGCGAAAUGAAAAAACCGUUUCCAUGGAUACCAGAUGUGGGGUGGGAGGACUGUAACAGACUGGCGGGUGACUUGAGCAACUUCCAGAACCUUCGAGAAGAUAUCGCUAACAACCAGAUGAUUUGGAAAAAUUGGUAUGACCACGACACCCCCGAAUCCCAGACGCUACCCCUCAACUACGACAAGCAGAUCACACCCUUCCAGAAACUCAUGCUGCUGAGGUGCUUCAGGGUCGAUCGGAUAUACCGCGCCAUUAUGGAUUACGUGACCUUGACCAUUGGUGAGCGCUACGUGACCCCGCCCAUCCUCAGCUUCGACAACAUCUACGAGCAGAGCAGCCCCACCUCCCCCAUCGUCUUCAUCCUGAGCCCGGGUUCGGAUCCCGCCAGCGACUUGAUCAAACUGGCGGAGAGACAGGACUUCCACAACUCCAAGAUCAAGUUCCUCUCUAUGGGUCAAGGUCAAGAGGAAACGGCCAUCCAUCUGCUGGACACAGCUAUAGCCAGGGGCCAGUGGCUGAUGCUACAGAACUGCCACCUGCUGGUCCGGUGGCUGAGGGACCUGGAGAAGAUUCUAGAGAACCUCAGCAAACCCCACCCAGACUUCCGUCUGUGGAUCACCACCGACCCCACCCCCAACUUCCCCAUUGGGAUCCUGCAGAGGUCCCUGAAGGUUGUGACGGAACCGCCCAACGGACUCCGCCUGAACAUGAGGAGCACGUACCUCAAGAUGCCAGCCACGGCACUGAGCGAGUGUGAGCACUCAGCCUUCUCCUCGCUCGUCUUCGUUCUCGCGUUCUUCCACGCCGUGGUGCAGGAGAGGAGGAAAUACGGCAAGGUGGGAUGGAACGUGAGCUAUGACUUUAACGAGAGCGACUUCAACACGUGCAUGAUAGUACUCAACACCUACCUGAACAGGAUGGUGGAACAGGCUGACCCGCGAAUCCCGUGGAACACGUUAAAAUAUCUCAUCGGAGAGGUCAUGUAUGGGGGUCGGGCUAUAGAUGACUUUGACCGACGAAUCCUGAGAACUUACAUGGACGAAUACAUGGGCGAUUUCAUAUUCGAUUCCUUCCAACCGUUCCACUUCUACCACGACGAGACAGUCGAUUACUACAUUCCGAUACCAGAGGAGCCGACCAACAAGGACGAGUACUUGGCUUACAUCGAGUCCCUGCCAUUGGCCAACAAACCGGAUGUGUUUGGUCUGAACCCGAACGCCGAGAUUGGCUACUACACGCAGGCGGCCAAGGCAUUGUGGGAACAUUUGGUGGAGCUCCAGCCCCAGACAGGUGCAUCCGCUGCCGGCAUCAGCCGUGAGGACUACAUCUCCAACAUCGCCAGCGACGUCCUUGAGAAACUGCCGGCGGAGUUUGACCUUGCCAAGAUCCGGCGCAGUCUCGGCCUUGACAUUUCCCCCACAACGGUCGUGCUUCUACAGGAACUGGAGAGAUUCAACCACCUGCUCACACGGAUGAGGCGUUCGCUCAUGACCUUGAAGAGAGCCCUAGCGGGGGAGGUGGGGAUGAGCACAGAACUUGAUGACGUAGCACGCUCCCUGUUUAACGCCAACAUCCCCAACAUCUGGCGUCGUCUGGCGCCCAUCACGCUGAAGUCUCUGGGCAAUUGGAUGGUGCAUUUCCAGAGGCGGCUCAAGCAGUACUACCACUGGGUGAACGAUUGCGAGCCAGCUGUGAUGUGGCUGUCUGGGCUGCACAUCCCCGAGUCGUACCUGACGGCGCUCGUGCAGGCCACGUGCAGGAAGAACGGAUGGCCACUGGACAAGUCCACCCUCUACACCACAGUUACCAAGUACACGGACCCUGAUGACGUCAACGACCGGGCCUCCAGUGGCUGCUAUGUCCACGGCCUGUACCUGGAGGGGGCCGCCUGGGACGUGGAGAGAAAAUGUGUCAUCAGACAACCCCCUAAACAGUUAAUCCAGGAGUUACCUGUGCUCAGGAUUAUCCCUAUAGAAGCUCAUAGGCUUAAGCUACAGAACACAAUUCGAACCCCCGUGUAUGUGACGUCAAUGAGGCGUAACGCCAUGGGGGUCGGCCUGGUGUUUGAGGCUGACCUGGCCACAAAGGAACACAUCUCGCACUGGGUUCUACAGGGGUUGUGUCUCAUACUCAACACAGACUAGCUCUACACAUAUACAAUAUAUAGUCAUACACAUACUCAACAUUUAGUCAUAUACAUACUCAACACAAAGUCACACACAUACUCAACACAGAAUAGCCCUACACAUAUACAACACAUAUACUUAACAUAGUUUUACAUAUACUCCCCACAUAGACUCACUCAUACUCUAUACUGACUAGCCCACCCCGUACUCCACAUAAAAUCCUAUACAUUACAAAUUGUCCUACAAAAACUCAACACAUUUGCCCCACACAUAUUCAACAGACAAAAUAUUGAGCAGAAAUUCUCCUAUACGACAGUACGAACAGACAUUGGUAAAAAUAAUGUUAACUUUUAACAAACGUUUAUUCAUUUAUGACUGGUUACUUUUCAAUUUGUAUUGUGAUUGUUGUCUUUGUUGAUUCAAAUAAAUUUUGUUUUGAUAAAAUCAGAAAAAUAUUGUAAAUUUUCGAAUGUGUUGUAUCCCAUAAAU